CUAGACUCCAUUUUCCUGAGCUUAAAGCACUAGAUUGUUCUCAGGGAAAUAGUGUAAUUGACUCAUGCUUUUUAAUAUCAAAUGAGUAACCGACUGGAUUGCUUCUAAAUAUCCACUUCUGUAUCAAGAGAAAACACAAGCUUAUUUGUAAGCUGAAAGGAGGACAGGAGAGGUUGAAGACACAUAAUAUACAACAGAGAAAACAGAGUCUUGCCUUCUUGUGAACUUAAGUCAUGAGUUGGAUGUUCCUCAGAGACCUCCUAAGUGGAGUAAAUAAAUAUUCAACUGGGAUUGGGCGCAUCUGGCUGGCUGUCGUGUUCAUCUUUCGUUUACUGGUCUAUAUAGUGGCGGCAGAGCAUGUGUGGAAGGAUGAGCAGAAAGAGUUUGAGUGCAACACUAGACAGCCUGGCUGUGAAAAUGUGUGCUUUGACUACUUCUUCCCUGUCUCCCAGGUCAGACUUUGGGCUUUACAGCUGAUCAUGGUCUCCACUCCCUCUCUCCUAGUAGUUCUACAUGUGGCCUAUCGUGAAGGGAGAGAAAAAAAGCACAGAAAGAAACUCUAUGACAGCCCAGGCACCAUGGAUGGGGGCCUAUGGUACACCUAUUUGAUCAGUCUCAUUGUCAAAACUGGUUUUGAAAUUGGCUUCCUAGUUUUGUUUUAUAUGCUGUAUAAGGGCUUUAGCAUCCCCUACAUUAUGAAGUGUGAUUUGAAGCCUUGUCCCAAUACUGUGGACUGCUUCAUCUCUAAACCCACUGAGAAAACCAUUUUCAUCUUCUUCUUGGUCAUUACCUCGUGCUUGUGCAUUGUGCUGAAUUUCACUGAACUGAGCUUUUUAGUUCUCAAGUGCUUUAUUAAGUGCUAUCUCCAAAAAUAUUCUAAAAAGCUCAAGUCCUCAGUGUGUGAGUGCCACAACCUCAGAUAUGUUAAAUAUGGUGAGAUAGGGGUCCCUCCUCUACUCCAGAAUCAUGAUGAAGGCUUGGGCAUAGGCACACUCCAGCAGCCUGAAGCAAAGUAGUUUGCCAUACACAAGAGAAUUAAACAAAGAAAACCAGCAUCCCCCCUAAACAAGACCUAAACUAGCUUGGAAAACUAAGGGUGCGGGUUUUGAUAUUAUCUGAAAUUAAAGACUGCUUCAAUAUGUUCUCAGUUGUAAGCACUACACACAGGACUCAUUGUUUUGUGGUAGGGGUCUCUUAUGUGUAUACAUAAGUUGUUUUCAGUUAGUUAAUUGCAAAUUAGUCUAGAGAAAUACAACCAGCAACAUUCUUUCAAAGUUUAGAUCUAUCAGAAAAGCAACUAUGUAUUAGCUUUCUAUUUUUCUGUAACAACCUCACUACAAUUCAUGCACAAUGAAAAAUAAAAAAGUGGCCUUUCUGACAAAUACAGUGGCCUUUGAGCUGACAAGACACUGGCAAUCCCCCAAUUGGCAGCCAAGGCUCCACUCACUUGGUCCUAUUUAACCUCUGUAGAGAAGGACUGUGGUAUAGCAGCUGUAACGGGCACACAGAGGCACACCUAAUGAGAAAGCCCAACCUGAGAAAGCUGAGAGCCCACAAGUCCGCAGUUUAGGUAUCCUUGGAUAAAAGUGGACCAGAGGAGAGGUGAGAAAAGCCAUCAUUUAAGAGAUCUCCAAGUGAAGCACAAAUCCUACUGGAAAAUAUCCUACUGAAACCUUCAGUCAUGGGGAAGGAAGUACCAUAGCAGUACACUGAUAGGGAGCAAGGGAAGUCACAAAAAAAGAGUAUGCCCACUUGAUAAUCAUUUAAAUCUUUUCUUUAGUCACAAAAACACAGAAUUACUUUGUAAAUUUCCAUAUUGUUAGAACUUUUUAUGACCAGAAAUUUAUGAUGUAAAUAUAUAUAUGACACAAUUUGCUUAUAGUAGCACAUCUUUAGAAUAAUAAAACAUGUACUAUGCUAUGACAGUGGAUCAAAUAAUGUAAAAAAGAAAAUGCACUAUCAUUUGUUUUGAAGACUGGAAUUUUUUUCUUUUUUCUUUUUUAAUUCAUAAUAUAUUCUUUGAAUUUGAUACUUUAACAUAUGUGCAUUGCUCAAGAACAAAAAUGUUUUGCAAUGGUAUUUGGCUGCCAUUGAUAUCUUCACUUGACUUUACUGAGUAUUAUUCUAUGAAAAAAUUUUUUUCUGAGAAUUUUAGAACAAUAUUUUCAACACUGCUUUGUAAAGACAGCUCAGAAAUCAUUCAAUUCUCUUCGGAAUUUCUUAAUAGAAAUUAUAAAAUGUAAUUUUAACUAAAACCAAUUAUUCAUGUCUUCUAUGUCCUGACAGCCUCAGAAUAAAAUGUCUCCUUAAAAUUCAUGUGCAGUGAAGGUUAUUUGGGUUAUUAUGUAGUCUACAGACCAUCUGACCAAUAGUGGUCAUAAUGUCUAUCUUAAAGUCUGUCUUGGACAACAGAAAGAUGAACUUUGUGGUUUCCCUCUUUCUUCAAUUUAUACCACAGAUCACUGGGACUUAAGAACUUAUAACCCCUUGCAAGCACAAGGCCCUGGGUUCAAUCCCUAGUAUCACACACACACACACACAAAACAAAAACAAAAACAAAAACAAAAAACUUACAACCAUAUGCCUUACCAUUUAACAUGAAAACAUCUAGCCUUCAUAAUUGCAGGUAAAGGGCUGGGGAUAUAUCUGUUGGUAGAGUGCUUGCUUUGCAAGCACAAGGCUGUGGGUUCAAUCCCCAGCACUAAAAAAAAAAAAAAAAAAAAAAGGUCUACAUAAAUGUAGGUAACCAUGGGUUCUUUUUUUCAACCAUAGGCAGUCAAGAGGUUUAAGAUUUUGAGAUCUGAGCCUGACACAGAAUCUAGAAAACAUGAUUGCAGGAGAGAAACUGAAUAAAGACAAGGAGCUUUUUAACUCCCCAAAUUUGACAUGUGUGCACAAACAUUUGUAUAAACAGGGGGGAAACUAUGAAGAGAUCUUAAGACUAGUUUCAACAAGAGAAAGAGCUUUUUUUUUUUUUAAUUCUUACUGUUUU